AUGCCGACAUUGCGGAGGUCGGGAGUGACCAAGUUGCUGCGGACGGUCAACGGGAAGCCGCAUGCGAGCGACGAUGAUCACGAAGAUACCACAGACAUAGCGUUUCAGCUUCCAACACCAACAUCUUCGAAUGGCACGACUGACUCGGGAGGAAGUGGCAAGAAGCUUGUCGACGAGGGGGAUAUAUACGCCGAUCCACUUUCGAGUGGUGAUGAGAAGCCAGCAGGAUUCAAGCUGCUUUCACAUAUCCCUGUAGUAGCACCAGUGACAGCAGCAAAACAGUUCAAGCAGCAUCUUCAGCUAGACGGACCGUCUGAGGAGGUCGUACCAACAACAUUCAAGCACUUUAAGCCAAAGAGUCCAGCGAACAGUGUGGGCAGCAAGCGAAGUGCAGACGAUUCCGACCAUGCAGCUGGCAGCGACAAUGACGGCUUCAUCUUCAGCUCCGAGUCUUCGCAAGCCAAGAAGCCGCGGAUGAAAUACACCCAGAACGUGCAUGCUCGACCACAGUCUUUCAGGCCCACAGGCUAUGGCGCCAAAGCUGCAAGGCAAAGAUCACGAGAAGAGGAACAGAAGAAAGUGUUUCAAGUCAAGCAGACGAAGAAGCAGGAGACUGAGAAAGCAAAGGCGCCGGCUUUCAAGACCAUGAAGUUACCGGACGGCAUGCUGGCGUUCAGUGGCAAAGAUGGACCGACUACAUUUCGGCAACCACGACGUAGGGGAGACGGGGUCGGUGACUGCGAGGCUGAAGCAAAUGGCUCGGACUCGGACUUGUCGUCUCUACCCGGAGACGAGCCAGCUUACACAGAACAGGAGCUCGCAGCACUUGGACUUCCUGAAGUGGAACCAUACGAGCGUACUAUGGACUGUACCCUAUGCGAAGCCGGAAUGCCAUACUCAAUACGUGAAGACUUUGAGGACAUGUUCCCGCAGGCUCGAGCAUGGACAUACAAGUGGCAAGAACGGUUUUGCAGUUAUCAUAAGCGGGCGGAAGCACAACUGGAAUGGAAUGAACGAGGUUACCCUAGGAUUGAUUGGCCCGGAUUGCCCGCGAGGUUGAAGCAGCGGAAGCACACGUUGCGCUUGAAGAGCAUCAUGAGUGGCGAGCUCGAGUCUGCCUUCAAGAAGAGCUUCGAGGAGAAAGUCAAGACUGGCUCCAAGACUCUACUGCAGGCUGCUACAAGCACCAAGGAACAGAUGGGUACGACUGCUGGGUACUACGGACCCAGAGGCGAGACAGUAAUGACCGACCACAUCAUCGCCACCUUCGGCUCCGAUAUCAAUGACUACGCCAUCAAAGACAAAAACGUCGCCUCGGCAGGCGUGUCGGGAGGUGUCUCAGGGUACGUUCAAAAUGUGCUCGUGCCUGAGCUCACUCUUUCCCUCAUAAGCCAGGACAUGAGUGCCAAGGCCAAUCGCAUGCAAGGCACGCCUUUGGAAGUGCUCACAAAGAGUGCGAAGCUUGGUGAGCUUCUAUGUCCGGAGCUUGACGAAGGGGCGCAGGUCGUUGGAGAUGAAAACGAUGGGGAUGAUGAUCUAUAA